UGCAGUGGGCCGUUGCGCUGACGUCACCGUUUCCCAGCAGCCCCUGCAGCACGGAGCCGGCUGGACAAUGUCACUGCAGCGCUUCCAUGCCGAGUGGCUAGAGCUGGACAAAGAAUUUAACCAGCUGCAGGAAACUCACAAAGUGUACAGACACAAACUGGAUGAACUUACAAAUCUUCAAACUAUAUGUAGUAACUCUAUAAGUAAACAAAAACGAAGACGGAAAGACCUUGCGUGCAGUCUCCGAAGAUGCAAGCUUUCGGCUAAUGCAGAAGAAAUUGAAGUCAUACAGAGAAUUAAUGAUGAUAUUAAAGAGCGACGUAAUGUUUUCUUUGAUAUGGAAGCAUUUUUACCGAAGAAAAAUGGGCUAUACUUAAACCUGGUGCUUGGAAACGUGAAUGUAACUCUCUUCAGCAAGCAGGCUAAAUUUGCUUACAAAGAUGAAUAUGAAAAAUUCAAACUUUAUCUGACUAUUAUCUUGUUGCUUGGUGCAAUAUCUUGCAUGUUUCUGCUGAAUAGGGUAAUUGAUGAAAUAUUUAACUUCCUGUUGGUCUGGUAUUACUGCACCUUAACAAUAAGGGAGAGUGUUCUUAUCAGCAAUGGAUCAAGAAUUAAAGGCUGGUGGGUGUCUCAUCAUUAUGUGUCUACAUUCCUCUCAGGGGUAAUGUUAACAUGGCCAAAUGGGUUAAUGUAUCAAAUGUUUCGCAGUCAAUUUCUAGCAUUUUCUAUUUAUCAGAGUUGUGUGCAGUUCUUGCAGUAUUAUUACCAGAGUGGCUGCCUUUAUAGAUUGCGGGCUUUAGGAGAGAGGGAUCACAUGGAUCUUACAGUGGAAGGAUUUCAGUCAUGGAUGUGGAGAGGUUUGACGUUUCUCCUUCCAUUUCUUUUCUUUGGUCAUUUUUGGCAAUUGUACAAUUCACUCACACUUUUUGGACUUUCACAACAUGAAGGAUGCAAAGAAUGGCAAGUUUUUGUCUUGGCCCUCACAUUCCUGGUCCUAUUUCUCGGGAACUUCCUUACAACUCUGAAAGUUGUUCAUCAAAAAUUUCAGAAGAACAAAGAUAAAUUGAAAAAGCUGUGAAUGCCUGAAUCCUGCUGAGUAAACAAUGUUGUUGGGGAAGGUGGCAAUAUAUUCCAGUCCCCUUAACUUUUCCUGCUGGAAUUGAACCUGAACACUUGCAAUCAGUGAGGCAGGAUUUACAACUGUCACACAAAUAUUCACAAGAAUCCUGAUGGUAGCUGCAUUCUCUAUUAAUUGUGGGAGAAAUGGACUAGAUGACGUUAGCGUGGUUCAUUAUCCUUAACAAGCUUGUGGUUUUUCAUUUCGGUGUUAGUCUUUCAAUCCAAUGAGAUGUCACUGUCUAAAUGCGAUUUCUACUGCCAUGGGGCAAUUGAUGGGUGCAAAAUAGGGUGCAAUUGUGAAAUGAAUGUCAUUUGGCUCAACCUUCAUAACGAUUAGACGUGAGAUAUUUUGUGGGCGAUCAGCAAAUGUUAAAAUUUUGAUUGAAAUGUAAGUCUCAAUUGGCCAAUACAAAAGGUGGGUACACGUGAAAAUUUAAUACUAAGUAUAAUAUUCACAUUAUUUAUGCAUGCAUACACUGUGUUCAGCCCUUGUGGAUAUAAUGUUAUCAAGUAAAUGUAUAUUGUAAUUUAGAUUGUAUUUCAAAUUACUUAAUUGUCUUGCUCUGUGGAUCGAUAACAUUUGCUUUUUAAAAACCCACUCAUUAAUUUGUCUCCCAUUUUAGUUUCUUUCCCUUGGAUUCUGUUUUAGGAUGUAUUUUAUUUUCCCCAAACAAGCAGUACUACUUUCAGACAAACUACCUCCUUUUCGUAUGUUGACUAGUGCCACUCUUGAUCUAGUUGGAGGUAUUUAGAGUGACUCAGGGUAACUGUGUUUUUUUUAAAUUGGCCAAGUGCCUGGGAUUGAUGUAUUGCUGACUAUUGAUAAAGGAACUCUGAAAGAAUGGAUAUUUGUAAUCAUGGAAGAGCCUAUACCCCACUUGAACAUUAGUUUUUCUUUUGCACUCGAUCCAAGGGAAUUUUUCUUUCCUUGCAGCAUGAGCUGACCAUAAUAUUGUCACAUUUUAGUGAAGAUGGACAUGACAUAAGCCCUAAAAUAACUAGAUUUGUUUGCAUUUGUUUGAAAUUGAUACAACACCUAUAAAUGAACAAUCAAGAGAUUUUUUUGUUUCUCAGCUAAGUACAUGGAUCAUGUAAUAACACAAAAUGGGGCCACAAAAAUGGAAAAUGCUACAAAGGCAGCAUGUGUGAGUGAAGUCAUGCCCGCUUGGAAAUGUAAUAAUUUCUUCGGAAGGGCAUGUUAUUCCUCCAAAGUGGAGAAUGGUUAACCUUGUACUGAUUUGAGUGUCAUACACUGCAGCUACAUCACAAAUGCUGAAAUUGACUUGUUCUCGAGCUGAAUCACGGAGUGAAUAAUGGUGUAUAGCAACAUCUACACUUUCCAAUGAAAUCUGUGCAAAAAUAGUCAAAGCUUAGACACCAUUUAAGCUUUUAAGAAUUUGUAAGCAUUAACGAGAACCUAUGACGUUGUGAAAGGCAGAUACUUGAAAUUGUGAUUUUAAUGAGAAGAGGAAGCAUACAUUCCUAUUGGGCUUCCUAAAGCUGAAUAUAAACUUUGUAACUUGUGCAAAAAGCUUCAAUGGCUUGUGUCAAACAAAAUCAUGUCCCGUUGUCACUCUGACUUCUGCAUAUUGGAAACCAACCUCCAAUUAGCAGGUCUUAAUUUUUUUUUUUGCAGUUAAAUCUAUAUUGUUAUUUGAUAGUGUUUGAAAAAUAUAUUGUUCAUUCGUGAAUUUUUGUAUUUAACAAUUUUGUUGAAUAGAAUUGAACCUUGUCGUGCAAAAUAGGAACAAUCGAAGGUCUGCCUGCUAUUUGACGCUAUCAAAUGUCAUUUGAAAUAAUUUGUUACCGAUGUGCAAUACCAUGGUAUCCACAAUAUUCAAUAAUUUAUUUCCGUUGGAUUCCAGGAGAAUAUUUUAAAGGCUUAAAGUUAGUCGCAUGUAACUAACCUGGUGUAAGGAAGAUGCAAGUAUGCAAUAUUAGCAUGUAAUGCCUUAUUUUACAGAAAGGGAAAAAGAACAAAUAAUGAGAGAAUUAAACUUGAAGUAAUUAUACUUGUGGAAAACCAGUCGUGGAUAUUUGAUGAAAACUUCUAUAAUAAAGUAAUAGCAAGAAACUGAAAUGGAACAGUCACAGAAAUGCAAAGCCAUGAUUAAAAUGCUCCUCAACCAUGUAUCUCCCAGCUGAAUUAUUUUUAAAGCAAAUGCUGACUGUGAAUGUGUGUUUACUGGGUCAUUUUAUCUAAGCAUUUUCAGUUGCACUUCCUUUGUAAAAUUUACUGUGAAAUAGAAUUGUAAGAAACAAUCUGGAGUUCUUAUGAUUGUAAUCUGAUCAUCUCAGUGAGAAGGUUUGACCUUCUAUGUGGGGUGUGUUAACUUCUACUACACUGUCAUUUGUGUAGAAAGCUCAUUUACAAUAAACCACUUCAGGAAAACCA